AUGGCGGCUGUCGUGAAACAACGAUAUAGGAAACGUCCUAGACCUCAAGCUCAAGAGAGCAGCCCUCUGAAGAGAAAAGUCGAUGAGAACUCGCCAGUAAUACUAUCAUUUAAAAAUCAUCGGCAAGAGCUGGAUUCUCGGCAUGACAAACACGAGCGUUUAGUUAAAUGUAGCAGAGAUGUUACUAUUGCAAGCAAACGGAUCAUUUUUAAUCUUCAGCGAGUAGCCGGAGCGAGUGAUACGGAGCAGAUCUUCAAAGAAGCAGAUGAAAAGUUUGUAACGGUUAAAGAACUCCUAAAUACGAUAGCUUUGGAGUUAGAGGGAGAAGACCCUUUCUUGUUCACCCGAGCGUACUCUCCUGGUGUGCAGGAAUACAUCGAAGCAUUGUCUUUCGCGCAUUUUCUCAAGAGAAAAACUUUGAUUUCUUUCGACCAAGUUGAAGCGGAGUUGAAAUUUUCAAAUGAGGAUGGUAAAGAUCUUGGCUUAAGCUUAAAUCCGUUCGACUACGUACUUGGAAUCGCGGAUCUGACGGGAGAGCUCAUGCGUUUCUGCAUAAACAGUGCGUCGAGCGGGGACCAAAACACUCCUUUUGAGGUGUGCAGCUUUCUGCGGGAAAUUCACAACGCUUUCGUGGCGUUCGGGAAUGUUUCUAGGGAGAUUGCCUCAAAAUUGAGAGUAUUGAAGGCCAGUAUGAAUAAGGUGGAAGUCGCUUGUUACACUUUGAAAGUUCGGGGUUCAGAAAUUCCUCAAUUUGCUUUGGCUGAAGCACUGGGUGGAGACUUUACUUCUGAAGAAAGGGAUUUUAAUUGAAAACUGCUAUAGCCUUAGCUGUUUCAAAAGUCAGGUAUCAGGUUAAAUUUAUUUAUUUGAGAAAACUGAAGCUGUUUGAAAAAAGGAGAGUUAUUUCAAAGAUUAAAUUGUUGAAGAAAAUGAAUGACACUUUUUAAAAACAUGUUUCGACAGUUCUUCUGUCAUCUUCGAUUUUGAAUAAUACAAAGUACAAAGUUGAAUUUAAAGUGUGUAACAAAAUGCUGAUUGGACAAAACACACUAUAAAUUCAACUUUACUUUGUAUUAUUCAGA